GCCCCUGCGGGCAGCGCUCCGCGGGCUGCAGGCGGCAUCCGCGGGGCCGGCGCCUCCCGGAGGAAACGUUUGUCAAUACUGUAUAUCGCCAGAACAUCAAGCCCUACACAGACUCCAAGCACAGAAGCUUUUGCUCCCUGCCUGGGACAUCCCGUAUGCAGACCCGCGUGGGCAUUGUUGUAAGAAACAGAAGCUGUGUUCAGCACAGAUGCCAGCCUUCUCCAAGGAGUAACCUCUCCAUCCCCAAGUGACGCCAGCUCCUGCUAGUAUCAUGGGACCAGACGGUGGCUUCUUCAGCAGUGGACGGGUCCACAUCAUCCUGUGGGGAAGCCUGGCAGCUGUGACAACACUCCUAUUCCUCACCUUCCUCAUCUUCCUCUGCUCCAGCUGCAACAGGGAAAAGAAGUCCAAACAUCAGAAUGGAGAUCAUGAAAAUCUGAUGAACGUGCCUUCCGAGAAGGAGGUGUUCAGCCACUCCAUCACGAGCUCGGCCACAGAGCCGCCCCCCAGCAGUGAGCAGAACGGGGCGCUCAGCAAUGGCGAGGUGCUCUCAGAGGACAGUACAACUGCCUGUAUCCAGCCUUAUGAAGAAGUACAAACAUCUGUCUCUGAUCUGCUAGAUCCACAAGACAGUCUUGGAAAAUCCAUAAAAUGUCACCAGAGCCGGGAACUACCCAGUAUUCCCCCUAACAAUACCAUGGAAACCAUCAUCUCAGCUAGGAAUGCAGAAAAUGAUCAAGGUCUUGGAAUGGAAGGGCCUUACGAAGUCUUAAAAGACAGCUCCUCUCAAGAGAACAUAGUUGAAGACUGCUUGUAUGAAACUGUGAAGGAAAUCAAAGAUGUUGGAGCAGCAGCCAACAUGGAAAGAAGCUGCAACAGAAAGUCAGCAGCUUCACUGAUGGCAUCUGAAGAUCAGGAUCAGAAUCCUGAGUACAGAAUUGAAUCGGCAGAAUACGCAUCUGUAGACCGAAAUAAAAAAAGUCGCCAAAGUGCUAAUUCAGAAAGCCCUCUUGACAACACACCAGAUGUAGAAGAUGAGCUUCCCCCUCCAGUACCCAUGAAACUUCUUGAUGAAAAUGAGAAUGUGCAAGAAAAAGAAGUGGAAGAAGGAGAAGGAACAGAAGGAGCAAGUGAACCAGAGAAGAGGCAUAGUUCGAUGUCUUACAAGUCUCGGGAGGAAGAUCCAUCUCUUACAGAAGACGAGAUCUCAGCCAUGUACUCUUCAGUGAGCAAGCCAGGACAGGCCAUCAAGGCACUGGAUUCUCCUUACACCUGUAUUCAAGAAAUUGCAUCUCAGAGGUCCCCGUCUGUUUGCAGUGGCCUCUAUGCAAGCGUGAAGGACUUUGAAAACACCCUCAGUACUACCACUGUGCCUCAGUCAGCAGACAGACCCAACGGGGAGCUGGAGCCUGACUAUGAAGCUAUCCAGGCAGUGAGCCAAGAAGAAGACAGGACCUUGUCUGUGCCUAACACAAACCACACUGCUCUUUCGGGAGAGAAUGACUAUGAGAGCAUAGGGGACUUGCAGCACCACAGGGAUGUCACCAGACUUUAACUACUCUGGCAGCCAGAUUUCAGCCUUUAUCUUAUCUGCUGGUGUUUUCAAAGGAACAUGUGAGACAAGAAGAGGGAAUCGCUUCUUAUUUUGAGGAACAAAGCUAAGUACAGAAUAGAAGUUGUGAAGAAGCCAUGCGUGCUUCAGCCUGGGUGUGAUAUCCAUGGGGUUGUUCUGGGUGGUGGAUGGAGGCUCACAGGAAAACUUAUUUUUUAUUGUUACCUUUUUAUUGUUAGUUCCAAGAUGGCCAGAAUUUGGGAAGGAGUGCUGUGUUUGUCGUCCUGAUAGGAUCCCAUACCAAAAAGACUGCCUUUACACAAAGCUAGCUUUUCAUUUUAGAAUAUUAUUUUAUGUCAUUUUCUUCAACAUAUUUUUGAAGAAUCGUUCUUCAUUCGAGUUCGGGCAUCCACUUCGUGGAGCAACUCACAGACCGUCACGCCUCUCCUCAGACUGACUUUGCAGGGCUGGGGAAGGUGUGCUAACCUCUGUGUCUUUGGGAGCGUGCUGUGAGUCAGCCUGCUGGGACCGUGAGUCCUUGCAGCGAGGUGGGGUUGAGAUGGAGGCAG